AUGACAGAAAAUUACCAUUUCCCAGAAACAGUUCGCAACAGAUGGGCUCGACCCCGAUUAAAUUCUAUUGAUGUUAAUAAAGAUGCCAUCAUAUUUCAGCAGUUGGAUAUGGACUACUAUUUAGGCUCACCUGUGCCUGGAAUGCCAGGUGCAGCGACUGGUCCCGUUCCUAUCAUCAGGAUGUUCGGAGUUACUAAGGAGCAGCAUACAGUAAUAUGCCACAUCCAUGGCUUUGCUCCUUACUUUUAUGUGGAAGUUCCUCCAACUUGUAGGCAAUCAGAGAUGAGGGAAGAAUGCCAACUAUUUCAAGAUGAUCUUAAUAAGACUGUCUUGAACGAUUUUAAAUCCAAUAAGGAAAAAGUCUCUCAAGCUAUUUUAGCAGUCGAGGUUGUCGCAUACUGCAGUAUAUAUGGAUAUCAUGAAAAUCGUCAAACUCCUUUCUUCAAAAUCACUGUCGCGACACCAAGAGUAUUGCAAACUACUAAACGAUUACUGGAAAUUGGUUUUUCGUAUUCAUCUCACCCUGUCUGUUGCUAUCAAACCUAUGAGAGUAAUAUUGAUUUUGAAAUUAGAUUUAUGGUCGAUGCUAAUGUUGUUGGGUGUAAUUGGAUCGAAUUACCUGCUACUAAAUACAUGAUUCGUGGAGAUCAUGCGCCCGGAUGGAAUAAUGCUCAGUCGAGUUUGAAUCGAACGUCUCGUUGCCAAAUUGAAGCUGAUAUAGCUUGGGAUCAAUUUAUUAGCUAUCCCGCAGAAGAUGAAUGGCAAGCCGUAGCUCCUUUAAGAUUAUUAAGCUUCGAUAUCAUGUGUUCCACUUCUAGAGGUACACCAGAUCCAGAUAAAGACAGUGUUAUUCAAAUAGCGGCUGUUGUAAUCCGUCAGGGAGAUUACGAACCGUUUAUUAAAAAUAUUUUUACCACACAAUCAAGUGCAAAUAUUGUUGGAUGUCAACUCCACACCUUUAGCAAGGAAAAAGAAAUGCUCAAGGCAUGGCAUGAAUUUUUUCUUGAAGUUGAUCCAGAUAUCAUUACAGGCUAUAAUGUGGUCAAUUCCAGUUUGCCAUACCUACUUAAUAGAAGUAAAGCUUUAGGAAUAGAAAAAUUUUCUCACUUGGGUAGGAUUACCAAUGAAAAAACACAAAUUUCUUCAAAUACAUUUCAAUCACGUGCUUAUGGCAAGCGAGAGAACAAAGUUAUGAAUAUUUCAGGUCGUGUUCAAUUCGAUUUAUUACAUGCUCUUCUGCGUGACUAUAAGUUAAGAUCUUACUCCCUAAAUGCUGUAACCUUCCACUUCUUAAAAGAGCAAAAAGAACUUCUUCAACCAAGUGUAAUUGCAGACCUACUGCGCGGUAACGACCGAUCACGCAGAAGAUUGGCAAUUUAUUGCCUUAAGAAUGCAAGUUUACCCAUAAAAUUGCUAGAUAAGCUAAUGUGUAUUAUAAACUAUAUGGAAAUGGCAAGAGUUACUGGUGUUCCACUUGGUUGUCUGUUGACUCGCGGCCAACAAAUCAAAGUAGUAUCACAAUUACUUCGCUACGCCAAAGAAGAAAAAAUGUUAAUGCCGGCACAUAAAGCGGAAGCUGGCGAUGAUUACACAGGAGCUAUUGUAAUUGAACCAGUCAGAGGAUAUUAUGAUUGUCCAAUUGCAACACUGGACUUUUCGUCUUUGUAUCCAUCAAUUAUGCAAGCUCAUAAUUUAUGCUAUACAACUCUAUUACAACAUCAUCAUUUAUCCAAUUUGUCACCUGAUGACUACAUUAAAACACCAUCCGGUAAUUAUUUCGUGAAGAAAAAUCUCCGUGCUGGAAUAUUGCCUAAAAUUUUACAGAAUUUAUUAUCAGCUCGAAAAAAGGCAAAGUUCGACCUAAAAAAUGAAAAGGAUCCUUUCAAACGCAAGGUCUUAGAUGGCAGGCAAUUAGCCUUAAAAAUAAGUGCCAAUUCGGUAUAUGGCUUCACAGGAGCUCAAGUUGGAAAAUUACCUUGUUUAGAGGUUUCUCAGAGUGUUACAGCAUUUGGGCGACAAAUGAUUGAGAAAUCACGGCAGCUUGUGGAAGAGCGAUAUACAAUUAAAAACGGCUACAAAUUUGAUGCUCAGGUGAUCUACGGAGAUACUGAUUCCGUUAUGGUCAAAUUUGGAUUAGAUACGGUAGAAGAGAGUAUGGAAUUAGGCAAAGAGGCCGCUAAUUACAUAUCUUCGCAUUUCCCUAGCCCAAUUAAAUUAGAGUUUGAAAAGGUAUAUUUCCCUUACCUGUUAAUAAAUAAGAAGAGAUAUGCUGGACUUUACUUUACUAAAGCUGAUACGUACGACAAAGUAGAUUGCAAAGGAAUAGAAACUGUACGUCGAGAUAAUUGUCCCCUUGUUGCCAAUUUAAUCAAUGCUUGCUUACAAAAGUUAUUGGUUGAUAGAAAUCCGGAUUCGGCUAUAAAGCAUGUUCAACAAACUAUUUCAGACUUACUUUGCAACAGAAUUGAUAUCUCGCAGUUAAUUAUUACGAAGGAAUUAACUAGAUCUGAUGAUGAAUACGCCGGAAAACAAGCUCAUGUUGAACUUGCAGCCAAAAUGCGUAAACGCGAUCCGAGCUCAUGUCCAACCUUAGGCGAUCGAGUUCCUUAUGUAAUUAUUACCGGAGCAAGAGGAGCUGCUGCUUAUACUAGAUCUGAGGAUCCGGUGUACGCUCUUGAAAAUAGUAUUGCUAUAGACACCACUUAUUACCUUGAAAAUCAGCUUUCAAAGCCGUUGCUUAGAAUUUUUGAGCCAAUUCUUGGUGAAAAUAAGGCAGAAUCGAUUUUACUAAAGGGCGAUCACACACUAACAAAAACUGUCGUUACGUCGUCACUUGGGCGUUUAUCGGCAUUUGUAAAAAAACGCGAAACUUGUAUGGGUUGUAAAGCAGUUCUCGAUGAUAACAGUGCAGUUUGCAAGCAUUGCCGCCAUAGAGAAUCUGAAAUAUUCCAGAGAGAGAUGAAUCAUUUGUCCGAGCAUGAGAAUCGAUUUGCUAAACUGUGGACGCAGUGUCAGCGAUGCCAAGGGAGUUUAUGUGAGGAAGUCCUAUGUACCAGUCGAGACUGUCCGGUAUUUUAUAUGCGAAAGAAAGUCCAGAAAGAUUUAAAAGAACAAGAAAAACUUAUUACAAGAUUUGGAGACCUCGCGUGGUAA